GCAUUCGGCCGCAGCGGCCAGAAAAAUUGAAACUAUAUCCAGAUUUAAAUUUAUAUCGGUUCCGUUUUCUUGCAACGUGAAUACAAGUUUCGGCUCGAAGGUCUGAAGUUGGUUACACUUCAAGUGCCGGACCCUGUAAUCAUCUCUCAUGACAUUCACAAUAGCGUUAUGAUUCUCGGUUUAUGAAAAAAAAAAAAACAAAUAGUGAAACAGUUUCAUCAAAAGUGCCAAAAUUGAGAAAUGAAAUUACACUGCAGAAGAUCAUUGUUCGUGUGUUUGGUUAUACUAGUGAUACUAGUUGGGGACGCUAUGGCAAGACGUGGCCGUGCUCGUGGGCGCACCAAAUCAAGGAUGCAAAUCGGAUUGCCAAUUACAGGAAAAUACCGAGAUCCGGAAUCUGACCAAUACUAUAAUAAUAAUAAUGGCGCCAAAAUAACACUGGCAUCACACUUCGAUUAUGAAUAUGUUCUCGGUCAUAAAAUAGCAUUUUUGUGUGUUGCAAGAGGAACUCCUCGACCAACGAUCACUUGGUUCAAAGAUGGGGUGGAAAUCUUCAGUCAUCUUUAUUUACACGUCCACGAAUGGUACAUCGGGAAGGACAAAGUCAAAUCCAAAAUAGAGAUUGAUCCUGCUACGCAGAUGGACGCCGGUGUGUACGAGUGUACCGCAGACAACAUGUACUCGAUCGACCGAAGAAGUUUCAAGACGGAUUUCUCGAUUGCUUUCGAUUAAUGUUGUACCAAAGCUGUGAACUGUGUUUUAGUAUAGGGUUUGAUAACUAUUUUGUUCAGUUAAAACAUUCGGUUUUAUUACAUCACCUCAUAGAAAGAUUGCAGCUCAGUCUUGAGCUAUAGUGUUAUGUUGUGAACAAAUAUUCAAUGAUUGUUUAAAAAUAUAUAAAAAAAACAGAA